UCAUCAAGGACAAGGAAUCUCUUUUCCACAAAACUAAGCUAUAUCACCACUAAAACAUCACAAAACAUUACAAUCAAAACCAGCAUCAACCAUGUCAAGUAACAUUACCGAACACCUCAGGGGUGCCACGGACCCUGAGGCCGAGGGUGACUUCCACAGCGCAGACGACAACGAAAACUGCCUCGACAGCGAAACCUCCGACCAAGAAGACGACGUCGAUAGCUCCAACUACAUAUACAUCAUCAACACAAUCCUGAGCGGCACUGCCCGUCUCAACGUCCUGCUUCCCACGGCCACCAUCCUUGCCUUCUCCAUCUUCGCCCCGUUACUGACCAACGACGGCAAAUGCACCACGUUGGACCGGUGGCUGAUGGGAUUUUUCCUGGCCGUGUCGGCCAGCUCGUGCGUGUUCUUCUCGUUCACGGACAGUUUCAGGACGAGCAGCGGCCGGCUCUACUAUGGGGUGGCCACGCUCCGUGGGAUAAGGAACUUUGGGGGAGGGCGGGCCCGGCCACGCCUCCCGGGGGAGUAUAGGCUGCGGUGGAGCGACGCGUACCACGCAUCGCUCUCGUUGGUUGCGUUCCUUACCUUUGCAUUGCUGCAGAGUGAUGUGCUGAGCUGCUAUGAUCUGGUUUUGGCAAGGAAGUUCACUAAUACUUUUCCACUUGUGGUUGGUUUUGUGAUUAGUCUUCUCUUUGUGUUGUUCCCUUCAAAGAGGAGAGGCAUUGGGUAUCCUUUCCUGCUGCAGAUUGAUAAUUUCCACAACAGAAAAUGAUGAUCAAAUAAUCACAUAAAGAAAUAAUGUCUUUUUCAUAAUGAAGAAGCAAAUUUUCUUGAUUGUAUUUGAUAGAUUUUAAAGAGGGUGUAAACUCAUAUUGAUGAAAAACAACAUAAAAAAAAUGGGAGUGAUUAAGAAGAGAGACAUGUGAUAUGGAAUGCUAACUUUGAUUUAAGUUGGCAUAAAAAGUGUGUGUGUGUGUGUGAAAUUCUUCUUUGGGCUACA